AGAAUCAAGCCAAUAUCACAAGAAUAUGCCAAAACAGCUCUUGUCCAGUUGGCAUCUGCAAACUUCUGUUAUGGCAAGAGGCCUGCAAAUGAAGUUGUGGUGCAGUCUAUGAAGCCAUCUGCUGCAUAUCAUUACUGUCUUGAGAGCUUCUGUGAAGUGAGAUCCACUGCACAAGCUGAAAUACCAUUUACAGGAAUGUCAGUGGACACAAGUGCCAAUGGUCAACCACCAACACCAUGGGAGGUGCAAGUGUUUGCAAAGGAGAAGUUCAAGGAUGAGAAGAAAGUCUGUGAGGUGCCCCACACAGCAAGUGUUCAAAACUGCAGGAAGUGCAAAGGCAAUGGCACAGAGACGUGUACAGCUUGCCAGGGCAAGGGACAGAACCCUUGCAGCCAGUGCCAAGGCCCGCAAUGUCCAGCUUGCCAGGGUCAUGGUGCAAAAGUGUGCCAGACAUGUGCAGGCAAAGGCGUGAAAACCUGUGACACCUGCAAGGGUCACAAGAUGGUCAAGUCCUACAUACAGCUGACUGUUGAAUGGUUUAAUCAUGUAAGCCAUUUCGUGCAUCAGACUCAAAGUUCACUUCCUGAACAAUUGGUUCAAAGUGCUCCAGGGCAGAUUGUCUUCAAAGAGGAAAAUCCCUGGGUCUAUCCGAUCCAGCAAUGUCCCGAGCCGACGAUCAACAAAGCUUCAUUGGAUCUGCUCACCAAACAUAAAGAUCAGUUCAAAAAUGAACGACUGCUACUUCAGAGACAAACGGUAAAGAUAGUGCCAAUAACAGAAGUUCAGUGUCAGUGGGAAGGCAAAGAAUUUACUGAGUAUGUCUACGGGACUGACAACCAGGCCUAUUGCCCUGAUUAUCCACAAAAGUGGUGCUGUGGCCACUGUAACAUCCUAUAA